AUUAAAUUAAAAAUAAAAUUUUAAAAAGCGCACGGUUUGAAUUUUCCCGCGGGAAUUUAAAUCCGCGUUUCGUGCGUUCAUGGAUUGAAGGAAUACGUUUCGUUUCCGUUCCAAAAAACAUAUGAGUAAGUCACGUGACUAAAAACGAUAAAUUUAGACUUAGACAUAUUAUUCUAAUGCGCAUGGUGUGUUGACCAUAAGCACGUGGAUUUAUAAAAAUUUGAAGUAUUUAUCUCAAGUGUAAAGUUAUAAAAUAAAAUGGAAGAAGAAAAAGAAACUUGUUUUACUACAGACCCGAAUUUUUGUGCUGAUUGUGGUUCUAUUUUACCCCUUCUUGGUGAUAGAGGUGGAGUUACUUGUUAUACUUGUAAACGAGAAUGGGGUUCUGAUGUUUUUGGAGAUAUGAAAAUGUCAUAUACUAUCAAUUUUAAUGAUGAAUCUGCAUACGCAAAGCCAGAAGAUGAUAAAAAAAAAUCCGAGGGUCCAGUUAUUGACAGAAAAUGCUCGCAAUGCGGGAAUGAUAAAAUGUCAUACGCGACUCUGCAAUUGAGGUCCGCCGACGAAGGGCAAACUGUCUUCUUUACCUGCACUAAAUGCAAAUUCAAAGAAACGGAAAAUUCAUAAGAUGUUUUAUCAACUUUGUUACUUAAUAUUAAUAUAUAUGUUUUUUAUUCAAAAAAAUUAGCUGCACAGACUAAUAAACAUUAACUAUGUAAAGAUAAUUAAUUUAAAUUACUCAUUACCAUGAUUAUUAAAGUUAAGUAGGUAUAAUUUAUUCAAAUAUAUAUAUUUCAC